AGGAAGCAACAAACUGAAACAACAUAAUGAUUUAAUUCCUCUACAGUCAAUGUUGAAAACUGAUGCAAACGCACUUCAGAAUAAGACAACGGCGGCACUACCCGCUGUAUCUCAGUCAUCUGAGCGAGUCUGAUGUAAAGAAAUGUCUCCAGGCUCCAGACAGUGAAUGGAGUUGACAAGUCGAGCCAUUAGAGUAAGCUGCACUUCUUAUUGUGUUGUAGGCUAUGAGUGUGGGGGAUGGAGGAAAGUCAAUGUGGGGACUUGGAUUACCUGAUCCAAGAUGAGAACACCCUCAUUGAAGGUGUUAGCAACCAGGUCUUAUUCGUUGUGGUGCUCAGUAUCGCCUUCCUUGCAGGCCUCCUCACUCUGCUCUGCAGGGAAGAGCAGCAGAAUAUUCAUCCUGAGAAUCAGGAGCAUGUUCGAGCCGUCCGACAGCAGCUUCAAACAGAGCAGGAUGAAAAUCCUCAGGCGGAGGCCAGGCAGCAGUAUUACACAGACAUGUCUUGUCCCGUGUGUUUACAGCAGGCUGUUCUGCCUGUGGAAACCAAUUGUGGACACCUUUUCUGUGGCUCGUGCAUUAUAGCCUACUGGAGGUAUGGCACAUGGCUGGGGGCUAUUAACUGCCCCAUCUGCAGACAAAUGGUAACUUUGCUCUUCCCACUCUUUCAUGAGCACGCCGAUCCUCAGAGAGUCCAGGACGGCGAGGCAGAACCUCAGCUGAUAUUAACAGACAUUAACGAUUACAACCGCAGGUUCUCAGGCCAGCCCAGAUCUUAUAUGGAUCGGCUGCGAGAUGUUCCUACCCUGCUCCGUCAUGCCUUUAGGGAGAUGUUCUCUGUGGGCGGUCUCUUCUGGAUGUUCAGGAUUCGUAUUCUCCUCUGCCUGGUGGGAGCACUCACAUACCUGGCCUCGCCGCUAGACAUCCUCCCUGAGGCACUUUUUGGGCUGCUGGGAUUCAUGGACGAUUUCUUUGUGAUCCUGCUUCUCUUUGUGUACAUCUCUAUCAUGUACAGAGAGGUGGUUACACAGAGACUGAAUGGAUAGGUGUUUACUCAGAAAAGAAGACCUUGGCUUACUCAGAUCAGGCUCAGGAAGCGUAAACAGCUUCUGACAUGGACAUAGAAAGACGGAAAAUAAAAGGACAGUUGAUCAAUAACAUUUGUUCCUUCAAGAGAGAUUUACUUGAAGUCUGGGGGGUUUAGAAAAGAAUGAACUCUGAAUGUUGACUCUGUAUAUAGAAUUCACCAUUAACCGUUCAUUGUUUGAGUUACAUCAAGGCGAACAAUACAGCCUGAGGAUGGCUGUGUGGUGAUGUGAUUUUACAAAUAUCUGCUCAUUCAGACCCUGCAGUAAGCCUGGGAAAUGUUUUUUCCCCUAACUGAAUGACUACUACCAGCCAAUUGUAUAACAGAUUUGCCAAAAGCAGUUAUUUGGUUAUCGUACAUAUCAUUAUAAUGGAGACAAUUGUGUAACAUAAUGUGAUCUUGAAUGUAUUAUAUUAAUGGCAGUGUCUUGAUUAUAUGCAUUUAAAGUUGGCUGUUUGCAUCCAUAUUGUCGACUGCCCGACACAUUUGUGUUAUUACAAACAUUUUACUGUUUGUAUGUACUUUUUGGGUCAAUUAAACUGAGGAUGGAUUUAUUUCAGUUGCAUGUGACUGCAUAUUCAGGAAAACAAAACAUAAAACACUUGGAAAAACACAGUUUUUCAACCUUGUGUAUAAAUCACAGAAUCAUAUUACUUCCAACUGUUUGCAUUCUUUGAUCCAAUCUGAUAAAAUCUGAACUUUUCUGCAUGCAUUGAUGAAGAUGCAUAGAACAACCUGGCCGUUGCAUUAUAACUUCUCACUUGGAAUAUUUUUAUUAUAAAAGUAAAAGUUAUCCCUUGGUGCAUGGCUGCAAAAUUAAUUGAAUUUUU